GCAAACCAUAUUUAUUUACUGAGGAAGAAGAUGGAACUCACCAGUCACAUGUUUCCCCUUAUUUUGCUUUUUUACUUCUCUGGGAUACAUCUAGCAACUUCGGAUUGUGUCACCGGCUGCUCCUGUUUCAAUGAUACGUUUGGAAGGAGUUUGUUUUGCGUCUCGACGUUUUUGAGGAAGAUCCCAGAUGAGAUCCCUCAAGAUAUCAAAAAAAUCAGAAUCGAAAAUUCUCUGCUAACCGAAUUGUUUCGUGGCACCUUCGCUAACGUUAGCACCUUGGAAUAUCUCUGGCUUAAUUUUAAUAACAUCACAGUGAUGGAUCUAAGAAGUCUUGAGCACCUGAAUGAGCUGAAGGAGCUGAGAAUUCAAGGGAACCGGUUGCGUUCAGUACCAUGGACAGCAUUCCGAGAGACACCAGUUCUAGAAAUUCUUGAUCUUAAGUGCAACGAGAUUGAUGUCCUACCAGAGCAUGCUUUACGCUACCUUUCGAGGCUGACCUACUUAGACUUAUCUUGCAAUGAGCUUACUGUCAUCUCCAAAGAAGUGUUCUAUAAUUGGCCUGUCUACCAAAAACUCCAGCGGCUGGAGAAGAAAGCACAAACCGUUUCUAGUACCGUCUUGUCUUUGCAUGAUAACCCGUGGAUUUGUGACUGCCGUCUGCGAGGGUUUGUCCAGUUCAUCAAUUCUAUAGGCCCGCCCAUGGUUCUCAUAAAUUCCUAUUUAACAUGCUCAAGUCCUAAAUCUAAAGCAGGCAAAUACUUCCAUGAAGUGGAGCUGAACAGCUGCAGGAGACCUUCUGUGACAUCUUCCAAACCAAACAUUACUGUAUUUCUUGGAAGAAAUUCAACGUUGACUUGUUUGGUAAAAGCUAAUCCUUUUCCAAAAAUUUGGUGGAACUAUCCAUUAAAACAUUUGCGGGGGUUUAAUGUUUCUAAUACUCCCCUGAGCGAAGAGUCUUUCAAAUCAGAACUGGUGAUUCCUUCGGCCCAUCUUAUGGAUGAGGGGAAUUAUACAUGUACGGCUGCCAACUUCCUUGGCAAUGCCUCAGCUACCACAGUGCUGGAUAUUUUGGCUCCUGAACUGGCGACGUCCUCUUAUUCUUCCUCCAUCGUAGAUGAGGCGGCCUACAUUGAUGUGCAGAUUGCCAAGCAGACAAUCUACGGGGUUACUCUGCAAUGGCACACCUUGACUGAAAAUCCAAAAGAAACAUGGCAUACCCUCCAUUUUGGCAAAUAUGAAGAUGCUAAGAAAGACACCGUUUAUAUUGGGCCCGGGAUCAACACGUACGCCAUUAAUGAUUUGCUCCCAGCUACCAAGUACGAAGUGUGCGUAAGUCUGAGGAAGCAGGUGCCCCCAAAGAGCCAGUGCAUUGUGUUUGUGACAGGAAGUGACGUCAGUGAACUGGAGCAGAGGGAGCAGAUGAUCCAUAUCAUCGUGGUUAUAUGUGGCAUGGUAUUGGCGGUCCCUGCCGGGAUGUACCUGUGCACCUCGGAGGCCAGCUGCAACUGCAAAGACAAAUGGGCCAGCUGCUGUACCAAGAAAUGGGGCACGGACAUCCAAAGCGCUCAUACGAAAAGCAAAUUUGAUAGUUUGCCAGGAGGCAGUGAAGAGGGACUGUGCCGCCGAGACUCCAGCGAUGACCAGAUGGAGAGGAAGGAAAACAAGGAGAAGGAGAAAGCAAAGAAGCAGACAGCUGAGGGUCAGAGCAGUGCUGAUCUCUAUUAGCUAUGUAUCCGUCCGUGCCCCCACUAGGAGGAGGAACAGAAGCAUUCCAUCCAGAUGAAUCAGUAGAUAGAUAGUAAGACUGAUUGACUGAUUGAUCAAUUUAACUUGUAUGCCUCCUCAAUCAUGAAGCAGCAGGAAAAGGAGAUGGAGGAACAGAAGGAGGAGGAGGAGGAGGAGAAGGAGAAGGGAAAAAAGGAGAAGGAGAAAGAGAAGGAGAAGAAAGAGGAGGAGGAGGAGGAGGAGGAGGAGAAGGAGAGGAGGGGGAGACAUAACAUUCCAGAUUUAACAACUGUUUAUAAGAAAAACAAAAAGUUUGGAUAGUGGAAAGUUCUGCAAAGGUUUGGCCACCCAAUUCAUAAUCAUUUUGCUCCAUGCAUAAGUAAAAAAUAAAUAAUUGGAGGAAACAGAUCCUUUGCUUUAUGUCUACAUUAAGCCAUUGUUAGGGGGCAUAAAUCUUUCUACACAGAAAACCAGCUUUUUGGCCCAACCUAGAAGAAAUUUGCAACAGAAGAGUACAUCUCUAACCCUUACAUCCAAACAGCAAGAGAGCAGAUGUCAGAAGCAUGUCUAAAAAUAGGAUGCUUUUUUUUUUUUGAGUUUGAGACUAUAGAAGCAAUUUCUGUGCAGUCUUCUGGGUCUCUCCCCAAAAUAUCUUUGUACACAAUUCUUUUGUACAUUUCUAUAUAUAUAUAUAUACCUGAUCUCCAGGCAGAUUUGCUGCCUCUGUAUCAAAUGCCAUCUUGAAUUAAAUCUGAAACUUUUCACCCACUUACGUUGAAAAGAACAACACAUAGAAAUUGUGAUGUUAAGUGCAAAUGCAAUUGAGAUAUAUUUUGGCUAGAAAAGAUAUUAUAAAUGGAUACUAUCGAUAUUACGUAGAAUGCCAGAAAAAUGUGAUGAAGAUGUCUGUAUUUAAUUGUAUAUGUAUUAACAGUAACAAGAAUUGUAUUUGCCCAGUGUGGAAAAAAUGCAUAGCACAGGAAGAAGACAGAAUCAAGAAAGCACUGGAUGGUGUAGUAUUGGACACUAGACUGAGAAAGUUAAUAUGUACCACUGAAUUACUAAUAGACCCAGACAACAUGUUGCUUAUUAAGUACUUACGAUUUUAAAAUUAGAAAAUUAAUAAAAUAUUUACAUAAAAAAAGACUUCCAUGGUUUCUUCCAACUAUGCUCUUCUGUAAUGUAAGGCUCCACUUUAACUCAACUAUUUCUACCCAUGCUUUCCCUACAGAACUGCCCAUUUGUAGUUAGAGAAAUUUUUGAGCCCUUUCUGUAAAAUAAUAAUAAUAAUAAUAAUAAUAAUAAUAAUAAUAAUAAUAAUGAUGAAGAUG